AUGGUAUCCGAGUCUCCCCAGUACGUCCUCUGUGUCGACGGCGGCGGGUCCAAAUGCACGGCCGUCUUGAUCAACUCGGAGGGCACAACUGUCGUGGGCGAAGCCGGGCCGUGCAAUCCGUCAACCAUCGGCGUGGACGCUGCAGUGGCUGUGAUCACGGAAGCCAUGAACGACGCGUUGUCCCACGUGCCGACACGGGCAGAAACACUCGCCGGCGUACAGAUCACCUCAGCAUGGAUAGGAAUUGCGGGCUAUGACCGGCCAUCACUUGCGCCGGUCCUGGAUGCAGCCAUGGUGCAGCUCCUCAAGCUACCGUUGGGCCCUCGUCUGCGCAUCACGGCCGACAUUGACCUUCUCGCCGUCAACGCGACGCAGUGGCACGCGCCGUCGGCCGUCGUCCUCGUGGCGGGGACGGGCUCGGUGGCCAUGAGCUAUGGACGGAAGGAGAGCGAGACCGACGAUGACGACACAGUGCUUGCACGUACUGGACGAGUCGGCGGCUGGGGUCCACUGCUCGGUGACGACGGGGCCGGUUUCUCCAUUGGCCGUGAUGCUUUGCGUGUGGCUCUACGAACCAGUGAUGCGUGGACCAAGGAUGGGAGUGACGACAAAAGUAUACCCGCAUUAAGUCAAGCUGUCUUUGACUAUUUUCGAGAACAACAGCGAGUGAAAGGCACGGAAUUCCAACCGAGAGACCUCCUGUCGUGUAUAUUGACGCCUACGCCGUUGGCAUCCACGCCACCUUCAGCAAACACCUCAUCCUCUCCAACGAAAACGAUUGCACAAGCGGCACGCAUCGUCUUGUCGCUCGCCGACACAGAUGACCAGGCACGACGGAUCCUCGAGCAGGGCGCAGCCAGUUUGGCUGACUUGGUAGAGGAAUUACUACGUGUGCAAAACUUGGAUACAAACACGACAGAGACAGCCCUUAUCAUGGCGGGUGGACUCUUGUGCCACAAAACCUACAGCAACAUGGUACGAAACGAGCUGGCAAGACGAAACGUCCAGUUCCAAUGGACAACGCAGGUCCAGUCGCCAGCCCUAGAGGGUGCUCGGUUUCUGGCAAGUCAGCGCCAUCGUGUAUAA